AGUAUACGGUCAAAUAAAUAAAUCAAAACCAUAUAUUAUCAUAUUUUUUGCAUCAAAAGAAUGAAAUCACAGUGUUCUGUUCUGUUCUGUUCUCAUUCAUUUCCCACUAUAUAAAUCUCAAAUCUCCAUAAAUUCUUCAACACUUCGAUCAAUAACAUAUAAAACAACCAAUUAACUAAUCAUAAACCACACAUCACAAAAACAAAAACCUCAAAAUCUCAGAAAACAACUUGUAACUUGUUCCAAUUCCAAUGAGUAUGUUAGGCCUUAGAGACCUAGUUCUCAUAGCUCCAUCCCCUUCCCUUCACCAUCAUCAACAUCAACAACAAAAUCAAAACCAACCCAUUUCACAUGAUCACAAUUCAAACCACUCUUUACCUUCAUCAGCUUCAUUAAGUGUUGGUUUUGGCAUUUUUCCACUCCUAACAGCCACACCCUGCAUGCCACAACAACAACCUCAAAACAAUGAUGUUCAAGAAAAUCAUAACCAAAACAACAAUUUUUGGAACCUUAGGAUGUGUCCUGAAGCAAUGAACCUACCAAAAAAAGGAGUUAUCAAUGUUGAUGAUGAGAAUCAAAACCAUAACAACAAUAGUAACAACAAGAUGGUUUUGAUGGAGAGUGAAGAAAAUGGUGUUUAUGGUUCUGAGUAUAGAGUUUGUCAUGAUUGUGGUAAUAGAGCUAAGAAAGAUUGUGUUUUUAGAAGAUGUAGGACUUGCUGUAAGGGAAGAGGUUAUGAUUGUAAUACUCAUUUGAAGAGUACUUGGAUUCCUUCGACUCGUCGCCGGGAACGCGAUGUGGAGAUGGUUGAUGGUGAUGGUGAGGGUUGUUCUGGUGUUAAGAGAGCAAAAACUUUAUUAGGGUCAUCACAAAAUGCUACUGCUACUUCUCAUAGUUCAAACUCUAAUGGCACUACUCCAAAAAGUUUUGCUACUAGCUCUUGUCAUCAAGAUGCUAGUUUCAAAGAGGCAUUACCAGGUCAUGUCAAUGCACCAGCUGUAUUCAGAUGCCAUAGAGUAACUGCUAUUGGCAAUGGUGAAGAUGAAUUUGCUUACUUAGCAACAGUUCAUAUUUGUGGCCAUGUUUUCAAAGGGUUUCUCUAUGAUCAUGGUUUUGAUGGAAAAAAUCCAAUGCCUUGUGUUUCAGAACUGCAAUUAGGAAGUGGAAAGAAUGGUGAAUGUUCUUCUGCACUUGGUGUUACAACAAAUAAUGCUUACCCUGCUUCUGCUAGUUAGCUCAAGAUUUCUUAACAGGUGAUGCAUCAGUUUCAAUUUCAUGAACCAGCAAAGAAUGGAAGUUUUAUUAUGCCGUUUUGUUGAGAAAAACUAACCAUAUAUGCCAAGUGGUCUUUAAUUAUGUAAAUUUAUCCUCCAAAAAUGUUCACAUUGCUUACUUAAAGCUUUGAGGGUCCCUUUGUUAAACUAGAUUAGGGACAUUAAUUAUGUUGCAAAGAUUUCAUAUCCAAUGCUAAACUCAAGUUUACUUUA